CAUCGCCAUCGCUUCAAAUCAACAAUCGACGAUCAACAAGCACCAUCGCACCCACCUGACCAAAACAGGACAACCCAGCCAAAUUAAACCACAUCAACACAGAAAUGCCCUCAGACAAAGCCGCCUACCUAGCAGCCCAUUACCUCUCCACCGACCCGCCCAACAAAUCCUCCUCUUCCACCUCCAAAAAACGCAAGCGCAAGAACAAAUCAGCAGAAGAUGGCCUCAUUAUAGCCGACGACGACGACACCUCUUGGGCCCAAGCCGCAAAACGCGACUCCGACGAUGAUGAUUUCGAUGGUCCCGUGCUCGCUGCCGGGGUAGUAUCAGCUGAUUUCCGCAAAGCCAAAAAAUCCGGUUGGAAGACCGUCGGCUCUUCAUCAGCCUUCGCAAAACAGGCCACAACAAGUACCACAACAAAUUCGACAAAGGAGGACAUAGACGCCGCGGCCGCCGCCGAUGCGAUUUUAGCGCAAACAGCUGCCGAAACAGCGGCCCUGGCGCGCGAAGCGGGCGGGGAUGAUGAGGUUCUCGUUGUCGACACCACAACGGGCGCAACGGCCCUCACGCGCUCGCACCAACCGGCCGAAACAGCCACGCAAGCACCCAUCAUGUCCAACGGGACGCACGCUGGGCUACAGUCCGCAUCCGCCAUCACUGCCCAGCUAAAAGCCCGCCAGGAAGCCGAGCGUCUCGAGUUGGAGAGGAUCCGAGCCGAACGCGACCAGCAGCAUCCGGAAGACCAGGAGGAGCUGGUGCUGCGCGACGCCACCGGUCGACGAAUCGAUGCCUCCAUGCGACGUGCGGAAGCGCGCAGGCAACAAGCCGAAGCGGAACGCAAGGAAGCAGAAAAGAAACGUGCCCUCAAGGGCGAAGUCCAACUUGAGCAAGCGCGGCGGAGGAGGGAAGAACUAGAAGAAGCCAAACUGAUGCCUCUUGCCCGUUCUAAAGACGACGAACAACUCAAUGCCGAACUUAAGCAGCAGGACAGAUGGAAUGAUCCCAUGGCGCAGUUUCUUGCCCCGGAGGAAGUCAAGGUAAAGGGAAGGAAAAAAGGGACGGCGGGGAGGAGACCGACGUAUAAAGGACCGGCACCGCCGAAUCGGUACGGCAUCAAACCGGGCUAUAGGUGGGAUGGGGUGGAUAGGAGUAAUGGGUUUGAAGCAGAACGGUUCAAGGCGCUUAAUCGGCGGGAGAGGAACAAAGGCUUGGAGUAUGCUUGGCAGAUGGAUGAGUAGUUUCUCCACCUAAAGAUGGGAUUGCUCUAGAAGGGUUAUGGAGAUGGUGAAAGGGUUAAUGAUGAGCGAUGGAAAAAGAAAAAGUUUGGGUUAGUUACCUUGUUUGGUGUUCGGCGUCAAAGUCAAAUUUCUUAUGGGUUGUUCAAAGUAUGAACAAAAACAGGGCUGGUCGACUUGCAGGGUAAUCAAGAGUUUGGCGAAGAAGUUCAGGGCGGUACAAGGCGAAACUGAUGUCAAGUGACUAGGGCAGAUUAUUCUUCAUCACUAGUCAGAGCACAACAUUGAAGGAGCAAGAACAAUAUCAUCACCAAGCACCGCAAGAUGCAUGACAUGGCUUCAAAUGAGGUCUGUUACUAGGUACUAUC